AUGACAGCCAGGGAACUAGCAUUUGAGGAAGCAGAGGUCAGCGAUAAGCCACCAGAUUUCCUGAACGCAGAAGAGCUGACUGACCCGGGACAACCUGAAGAGAAUUCCUCCGAGAAGAUGAAGGUCUGGGGUCUCCUCUGCUUGUCCUCAUUGGCCCUUCUCAGGACAGGCGGCGCGGACGAAAGGCCUUUGGUGGACACGAAGUACGGGAAGCUCCGGGGGGUCACCGAGUCAGUUAAGGAAACUCUGAAAACUGCAGAUGCUUUCUAUGGGAUCCCCUUCGCCAAGCCUCCAGUUGGCUCUUUGAGAUUUGCAAAUCCGGAAUCAAUCGAGCCCUGGAAUUCCGUCCGAGACGCCUCCCAAUAUCCCCCCCUGUGUUUGCAGGAUGCGGGAUUUCUGGAAGGCCUGAGAAACUACUACAAGACUACAUUUAAGAUGCCGCCGGUCUCUGAGGAUUGCCUGUAUCUGAACAUCUUCACCCCGAGCGACAGAGAAACCAAUUCAAAGUUACCUGUCAUGUUCUUCAUACACGGGGGCGGACUGGUGAUUGGGGGAGCAAGUCUCUAUGAUGGCUCCGUGCUCAGCGUCUCUGAGGAUGUGGUCGUCGUGUCCAUUCAGUACCGGCUGGGAGUUCUGGGAUUUUUCAGUACCGGAGACGGCGAGCUGCGCGGCAAUCUGGGCUUCAUGGACCAGGUGGCGGCUCUGCAUUGGGUGCAGGAAAACAUCGCCUCAUUCGGGGGGGAUCCGAACUCCGUCACCAUAUUCGGGGAGUCCGCCGGAGGAAUCAGCGUCUCGGCUUUGGUUCUAUCGCCUCUAGCUAAAGGAUUGUUUCACAAAGCCAUCGCUGAGAGCGGCACCACGACCAUGCCCGGCCUGGUGGUCAGUACACCCGAGGAACUCAUCUUCUACCGGGAUUUGGUGUCGGGAUUGUUCGGCUGUGACGUGUCCUCGGUGGCGGAGUGCCUGAUGCUGAAGUCGGAGGAGGAGAUCUUGUCCGUCGCUGUGAAGAUGGGAUUCCUGGUGUUGCCGGCCUGUGUGGACGGAGUCUUCCUUCCCAAACCAGCGGAGGAGAUCCUGACCAACAAGGAGAGCAACCCGGUCCCCUUCCUCCUGGGGGUCUGUGACCAUGAAUUCGGCUGGCUGCUCCCCCUGAUCCUCAAUUUGACGGCAAUAAGGGACGGAAUGAGUAGGGAGUCGGUCCGGCAAUCGCUCAAUAGACUUCCCGAGCCGGGAUUGAGCCCCAAAGUGCUCCCUUCUGUCCUGGAUGAAUACCUCUCUGGUGUGAGCGAUCCGUUUGUGUUCCGCGACCGUCUCUUGGAUAUCUGUGGAGACCUGAUGUUCGUUAUUCCUGCCCUGAGAAUCGCCAAAUAUCACCGAGACUCCGGACUUCCUGUCUACUUCUACGAAUUCCAGCACCGCCCGUCCUUGUUCCAUGAUGUCAAGCCGGACUUUGUGAAGGCGGAUCACGCCGAUGAGAUCGUCUCCGUGUUUGGAGGUCCCUUCCUAAGAGACGGUAUUGUCCUUGCUGGUGAUUCAUCUGAUGAAGAGAAGGAACUCUCCAGAACCGUCAUGAGAUACUGGGCCAACUUCGCCCGGAACGGGGACCCCAAUGGACCGGGUCUGGUGGAAUGGCCUCUGUAUGACGCAAAGGAGAAAUAUUUGGAAAUUAACCUAAAGCAGAAAACAUCGGCUCGGCUGAAGGAGGACAAGUUCAAAUUUUGGAGCAAGGUCCUUUCUGAGAUGACUUUGGAGAAGAGAGGGGAGCGCACCGAGCUGUAG